CUUGUUUGCCUUGUUUACAUCGCGAUGCUUCGAGAAUAUUCGUGUACAUUCGAUUUCAUACGGGAUUACGUGACGUCGCCGGGCUAUCCCUGGCCAGAUCAUCAUUAUCCUUAUGCGGCGCAGCUGCGGAGAGUCAUGAGCUGGUUGAAAAGCGAAAGAUUCAGAAAUUUUUCGUUAAUGCCGUCAAGAGCUUGCUCGAGUUCAAGUGAAACGAUUGAGCAGUCGAAAUCUCGAGGUUUGCUACCAAACACUAACGUGUGAAGAACAUUGUUUCUCUCUUAUUUUGUGCAACAUCGAUCAACGUCAUCAACGAACUUGCCUUGGAUUUGGUAUCAACGUUUAAUACUAUACUAGUAGUUCGAACCUUUGGCUUUGCAAUACUCAUUUUCUACCCUGUUCUCCCAGCUGUUACAUACAGAUAUUUAAUUAAAGAGGAGCCAUUUUAACUUUAAGGACGAACAUCUUCCUUGUUAUUUGUGAAGGUGAAGAAUAUUUCAUAUCUGUUUGAGGAGACAAAGAUAGCCGUCACCUAUGACCAAAAUGGGGAAAGAUUAUUACAAGGUGCUCGGGGUAUCCAAGGAUGCCUCCGAUGAUGAAAUCAAGAAAGGCUAUCGGAAGAUGGCACUGAAGUACCAUCCGGACAAGAAUAAAAGCAAAGGAGCAGAAGAAAAGUUCAAAGAAAUAGCAGAAGCUUAUGAAGUUUUAAGUGACAAGAAAAAGAAGAAAAUUUAUGAUAAAUAUGGAGAGGAAGGACUGAAGGGAGGUGCAGGUGCCCCGCAAGGAGAACAAGGAGAGAACUACUCUUGGUCAUUCCAUGGCGAUCCAAAUGCAACCUUCACAAGCUUCUUUGGAAAUAGCAACCCAUUUGAAAUGUUUUUUAAUGUUGGUGGAAUGGGCGGCCAGCAGAACACUCGUUUUAACUUCUCCGGUGGCCAACCCGAAGCAAUGGACGUUGAUGACGACUUUGGAUUUGGUGGGUUCCCGGGAGUCCACCAACAGCGAAGCAACAGUCAAAGGAAGCGCCAAGAUCCACCAGUACACCAUGACCUAAGGGUCACACUCGAGGACAUCUUCCGUGGGUGCACAAAGAAAAUGAAAAUCAACCGUCGAGUGUUGAAUGAAGAUGGCCGAACGACGAGGACUGAGGACAAAAUCCUUGAAAUUAAUGUGAAACCUGGAUGGAAGGAAGGCACCAAAAUCACAUUUCCCAAAGAAGGAGACCAAGGUCCAAAGAAAACUCCUGCAGAUAUUGUGUUCACCCUCAAAGACAUACCACAUUCAGUUUUCAACAGAGAUGGGAGUAAUUUAGUCUACAAAGCAAGAAUUCCACUUAGAGAUGCCCUGGUAGGGACCAGCUUGAAAGUACCGACCAUCGAAGGGCGAACGAUAACAGUCCCCUGCAAAGAAGUCAUCAAGCCCAACUCCAGGAAGCGGGUGACGGGCGAGGGACUCCCGUACCCCAAACAGCCCAGUCGCCGUGGCGACCUCCUCAUCACCUUUGACAUUGUAUUUCCCGACCAUCUACCGAGCACCACCAAGGAAAUCCUGGCCGACUGCCUCCCGGCGUCGUCGUCAUGAUGAGUUGUUCCCUGGAAUGUUUGUGAGGCCUCUUUUGCAUCAGGGUUUAUCCCUCGUCACGAUGCCAUCAAACUCGUCAUCGCAAGAGACAUGGUAUGGUCUCUCUGAAUGGAAUGAAUGACUACAAGGAUUAUGUGGGAGGGCCUCUCUGAGCAAGGUGUGGUGAAAUGAGCUUGAAUGAAAUGAAAGCUAGGAGGAUGUAUCUAUGUCUGCCGCCAGGAUUAUGAAGACCAACAAAUCUACGAGCGAACUGUAUCUUCUAGAUCUGCUUACACACGAAGAAGAAUCUGGUGGUGUCCUUCAUGUACACUGUAUAGCAGAAAAAAUAUCAUGUGGAUUUAUGCCAGAUUUCUCAAACAUAUGCAAUUUUAAAGAAAGCCAGCUAACAUAUUAUGCAUCAUUAAUUUUAUAACAUUACGAUUAUAUACAUAGAGUUGAUUGCUAAUCACUUUAUUAAAGGGUAUUCUGUUUGAUAUAGUACAGAGGUGUAUAUUGGUAUUUAUUGUGUUACUUUCAAAAAGUCUGAAAUUCUUUCAUUUUAUUGUUGAACUAUUUUUAUAAAGACAAAAAUGAUAUCCUGCCUGAGUUCUUUAUACAUGUGUCAGUGAAUCACCAUUUUAUUGUCUGUGACUUUAGUGGAGACUUUUCUUUCCUUUGUAAUCAACAAAGUAACAAGAAAUUGUACAGUGUCCUUGAUGAUCAAACAGAAAUUGGAAAAAAAUUCUAGAGCAUUAGACAUAGUGAAUAGGAAAACUUGGCAUCAUUGUGAAAAUCUAUGACAAUAACAAUCCUUAACUGUGAUAGUCAGUUUGGGAUUGAAUCAAAAUAUAUGUACAAGCUGCCAAAACAUAUAGUGUUAUUUCAGCCUUAAACUGGCUGUCUAUAAAUAUAUUCAAUUCAAUUCUUUUUCUUAAUUUCAGUUAUUGCAAAUUUCACUUUCAUUUUCAAAAGAAUCAAAAAGUUAUUUCCAACGCUUUUUAUUAAAUUUUCUUCUGUUGGGGUUGUAUAUUGUAUGUUCAUAAAUGAGAAAUGAUCAUAAUGAGUUUAAUAAAAGAAAUAUUUUAUUUUUUCAAGUGGUAGGCCUACUAAUAGACCCAUACAUAUUUCUAAUUUCUUAAAAUCAUAUGAUAUGUUGUAAAUUUUAGUGAAAGUUUUAAAACAACUGAGUACAUGUCUGUAUAUAAAAGUAUUUAUUGUACAAAAGAUUAUAUUAUGUUUUAUUGAAACGGUGAGGUCAGUUGAAAUAAUAAAGUUUUGUGCUUUUAUUUGAAAAAUAAGAUUGUGUGUUAUAGCAUUGUAAUCAUUUGUUGAAAAAUAAUAAAAAUGGUAACGUGAAUACAUAGCUAGAAAACAUGUGAGAUUGUGGUCCAUGGAAAAAUGAAAAAAUAUUGCAUUGGGAAUUCAGGAUAAUUUCCAUGCUUUUUCAUAUCAAAUUAAGAUGAGACUUCCUGGCCGGUUUUCUCAAAAGAGGUUUCAAUUGUACUAUGGUACCAACCAUAGAAUGUGCAUAUUUUUGUACAUAAUUAUUGCUUAGUUCAUUGUGUACAAAAAUGGACAAAUCCAAUUAAAUGUGUGCUUUUUUGGUGAAAAGGCACUAAAAGAGAAGUGCGGUAAAAAAAGAAUCUGCAUAGUCUAUGGUUUUGCACCUGUUUUUAAAUGAUUGGCUGUGGUAUCUUCAUGUCAUAUGUAGGACAUUUUGUAUAAAAGUGAAUGUUCUUUUUACAUGUACAAUGAUUGUUAAUAUGAUUUUGCAUUAAAGCCAGUAUUCAAAGAUGAUAUUUUGCAAUAUCCACAAAUCCCUUUAUAUCUAAAAAACAAAUUUGUGGCAAAACAUGCAUUGCUCCUGUAUUUUUUUAAUCUGUUGUGUAACAUUUUCAAUGCCACACCAGAUUAAAAUGACGAAGGAGAUAUAAAUAAGGAUAUAUAAUAGAAUGAAAUCAAGGAUAAUUCUAAACAAUAUGUAUGCUUUUUGUUUGGUGAAGCAUGAUGAGUAUUGUGUGAAAUGGUUUUGAAAGGCUGUGUGUCUGUAUUGUGAGUGAGGAUACAUUAAGGAUCUGUUUUGAAGGUGUAAUCUUCAGUUUUCUUUAAUUCACAAGAAAAAUCAUUCUCACAUACCAGGUAAGAUUUGCAAACUGAAAAGCAAAUGUCAUGGUAAGCUGAUUUUUACUCCUGCAAAAUUUGUUUAAAAGUUUAUUUUUCUGAACAUUUUGCAUUGACUUAAAUUUUGGGCUGUGAUCUAAUUUUGUAUGGUAAUUCAGAAUAAAUUUAAAGGGAUAAAAAUCAAGGCUUGUAGAAAACAUUCUCUAGAUGAAAUCAAAUGCUGGUGUUAUGUUGGUGUUUUGAUUUUUGAUGAUUUCUCAUGAAAUUAGUUCUCAGGUGUAAAUCAAUUGCAAAUUUGAUUUGCAAAAUUAUUCACUUGUAAGUGAUAGAUCACUUUGAAGUAAAGUAAAUCAAUUUAUUUUGUUGAUGCAUAAAGCAGACCAGCAAUCAUUUAUAACUUUGCAAUCAAUUAAGACUUGUGAUUGAUUUUUGGAUCAACUGAUUGCAAGUUUAUUUCUACGUCCUAUUAGACUAUUAUCUUGUGGAAAUUAGUUGCAAAUAUACAGGGAACUGUAGAUUACCAGUAUCUUAAAGAAUGUGAAAAGAAGUUUUGAUUGAGAAAAGAUUACUGAUUGCAGUUAAGAAAAUAAAAAUGAAAUAUAUAUGUUUAAUGUAUA